CCCGGGGCAGUGGCACCGCUCUCCGCAGCGCGGGGACAGGCCUCACCCUGAGGGAGCGGGAGGCCCGGCCGCCGCCACCCCCGCCUCCCCACGGCGCCUGCGCGCCCCGUCCCCACAGCAACGGCGAGCCGCGGCGCCGCACCAUGUCGCUGCCCCCGCCCCUGAGGAGGCGGCUGAGCUCCUUCAGCCGCACCGUCUUCACCGACAGCCACCGCACCGGCCCGCAGUACCCGGGCGACCGCCCAGAUAAUGAAAUACUUUCCAGUUUACCACUGCAGAUGUCCCUCUAUUUCAACGUUUAUUUUUUCCCAUUUUGGUGGCUCAGUGCAGUUGUCAUGCUCCAUGUGAAGUAUCCGGUCUUGUCAGAUUACUACAAGUUCAUCCUGGUGACAAUCAUGAUCCUCACCUCUCUGAUAGAGAUCAUCCGACUCUACCUGGGAUACAUGGGCAAUCUGCAGGAGAAGGUCCCUGAGCUGGCUGGGUUUUGGCUCCUGACUCUCCUCCUGCAGUUGCCUAUAAUUCUCUUCUUGCUAUUUAAUGAAGGUCUGAUAAUUCUGCCCCUGGAGCGAGCGGUCCAUAUCGUCUUUGCCCUGUUCCUCAUGUUCCAAGUCGUUGCGGCUUUUGUCACCCUGAAGAGAAUGGUGAACAAACUGGCAACCCACUUUCGCCUUAACGAGUUUGAUCAGCUGGAGGAACAUCCCGGGCCAGAUUUUUACAGCCUGGGUAAAGAAGGGAGGGCAGUUCCUCUGGCUGGUAGGGGCCCCGGCGCUGGCUGGGGAGGUCACACGCUGAGGAGCUAACAGAGGUUAGCUUGUGCUGCUACAGCUCUGUUUCCCUUUUGUUGGGUCAUUCUUUACCUUCAAAGAUAUUAAAAGAAUAGAUCUUAAAAGCUCCCUUCAACCUGGGAGAUUGGAGCUCCACUCAAAGCCUUUUACACAACUAGCUUGAGCUGUUGGAUUGUUCCUGUGCAGAGUGCCAACAGAGUAGGUUUGGUGGGUUUUUUACCAAGUCAUGUGGUGGUUUUGGAAAAACAGAAGCCUUUUUCCUCACUCUUUGCACAGAACUGUUUUGUUUACAAUAAAUCUUUUAUACACAUUU